AAAGAAGUAACUGGAGAUCAUGGCCUGGGAACGCAGUGUGCCCUGCCCCUGAUCUUCCUCGCUCUUCCUUCAUCCAGUAUUCCCCUGCCCCUCUGACACCCAGGCCUUGGUGUCGGCUGCUGCGAUCCUAUAUCUGCUGGGAAGCCCCAAUUGCUUCAGCUGCACAUAUCCUGCUUCCCCACCUGCCCUCCUGCUUCCCACCAAAACCACAAAAUCAGCCCCCCACCCAUCUGCACUUCUUCCCAGAACAUGCUCAAUGCAUCAUAGAGAAUUGGCUGUCCACUGCUGUGCCCUCUCUUGAGCCAUGGCUUCUUCAAAGCUCCGAGAACCCGCUGAUGAGGUGUUUGACCUAGACUUGGCUGUGCCAGAGACCGUCAGACUGGACAGCAGUUUACACAAAGCCCGGGCCCAACUGCUGGCCAAAGGCCGUAGACACCGGCCUUCCCGCUCCAGGCUUCGGGACAGUGCCAGCUCUGCGGAGGAUGGUGAAGGCUCCGAUGGGCCCGGAGGCAAGGUUGGGGCCGCCCACCCAAUCACACAACCCCACCCACUCUUCUUGCCCCUGGAGAGCCCCUCCACACCCUCUUCCAGGGAAGCCACACACCCAGGCUUCUGAUCUAAUAAUGCUCACAAGCUGUAGCUACCUUCACAUUUGGCUCAUUUCAGACCGACGGCCGCUUCGCACGAGGGCCUGGCCGCCGCCUCCUGCUCGCCGCCGCGCUCCGCGCCCUCCUCGGACAGCUCGCCCAGCUUUGUGCGCCGCCACCUGCGUGCCGAGCCGCACAGCGAAGAUGAUAGUCGGGAUGCCAGCCCACCUGAGCCUGCCAGUCCCACCAUUGGCCUGGAUAAGAAGACUCGCCGGAAGUUUCUGGACCUGGGGGUCACCUUACGCCGAGCAUCUACUAGCAAGAGCCGGAAGGAGAAGGGCAGCAACCGCCUGUCCAUGGGCAGCAGGGAGUCAGUGGAGGGGUCCAGCAGGUCAGCGGGCUCCCCGUUCCUGCCCUUUUCCUGGUUCACAGACAGCGGCAAGGGCUCGGCGUCCUCCGGCAGCACCACCUCCCCUGCCUGCUCCCCUAAACAUGAGAGCUUCAGCCCUAAGAAGUCAGCUUCUCAGGAAUCCACCCUGAGUGAUGACUCCACACCCCCCAGCAGCAGCCCCAAGAUCCCGAGUGGUCCCCGGCAGGAGACCAAGUGCUCCUACCCCUACCACACGCUGUCCCAGUCUUCGGAUGAGUUCCUGGAUGAACCUCUUCCCACGAUCCACCACUGGACCAGUCAGCAGGUGGGCCAGUGGCUGCACAGCCUCAACCUGGAGCAGUAUGCCGCUGAGUUUGCCGCACGGCAGGUGGACGGGCCGCAGCUCCUGCAGCUGGAUGGGAGCAAACUGAAGAGCCUGGGGCUCAGCAGCUCGCAUGACCGGGCACUGGUGAAGCGGAAGGUGAAGGAGCUGGCAGCGGCCGCUGAGAAGGAGCGCAAGGCCCAGGAGAAGGCUGCCCGGCAGCGCGAGAAGCUCCGGCGCCGGGAGCAGGAGGCCAAGAAGACCUAGAGGAGAGCGAGGCAGGCAUGGCACCCAGGCACGGGCAGCCGCCGCCCGGCGGGCACAGGCUCCCGGGGAAGUGGAGCCUGGGCGCCAAGCUUGGGCUGGCCCGGCCCCACGGCCUCAGGGGUACAUGCCCUCUUUCAUCUUGUCACUCUGUCUGGACCAAGAUCCCCCAGAAAGGGAGGCCCAGGGAGAGGGCCCACUACUAAAUCGCCUUCCAGGGCUGGUUUGGCACAGAGCUCCUGGGGGAGGUUGCAGAUCCUGGGAAGAGGGCAGGGAGGCCAGGGCUGAAGGCAGCCUGGGAGCCCAGAGGUCCCUGGGUCAGUCUGACCCUCUGUCCUCAGGCCACCGUGUGCUGGGGACUGCAGGAAGCUGGCAUGUCUACCUGCCUGCCUUCCAGAGGCCCUGCCAUGGAGCCGGGUCCCAGGGCUGUCAGGUGGCUGAGCACCCGGGAGGAGUGGGUGGGUGGAGUUGGUCCUCUCGGGCUCUCCAAGGUGGCUGUGUGUGGGAGAGCCCUCUGUUCCCAGGGAGGCCGGUGGGCACUGCAGCCCGCUGCACUCAGGGUAGACUCCAGUCUCCUCAACCGGAGAGCAGAGCAAGCAGCAUGGCUAUCCGCGCGUCUGUGCAGACUUCAGGCGAAGGGAGGAUGAAACCCUCUUCUUCCCCUGCCCUGCGGUCCCAAUGACGAGAGGACACCUUACAGUCCUCCCCUCCCGGGGCCCAGCCAGGCCUGUGUUUGUCCUGCUCUCUACGGCAGGCCCACUCCUCCUCCAGCUGCUCACAGAACAAACUCAGAGCUGGUGGGGACACAGGACGCCCCCUACCCAUGCCUGUGUGGGACUGAACUGGCGAAUCCUCACCCUAGCCAGGCAGAGGCAACUCUGGGUCCCCAGGAAACUGCUAGAUUGGCAGGGUUUGUCAGCCCUCCCUCACCUGGGAGACAGUGCAGGCUCUGCCUACAAGGAGGGGUGGGGCCAGCCCCCACCCCGUGGGGAUGGAGUGUAUCCCAGCAGCCCAGGGAUGGCACCUGUCCUUGUCGGGAGGCGCACUCGGGGCUAGAAAACUAGCCCAGCUUCUGGAGCACUGGCCAGUUUCCAGUGGGGGCCUCUGACUAGAAGUGGCCCCACCCCUCCAUCUGCCUGGAGUGGGGGACAGGACCCAGUGCAUGCCGACUCCCUUCAUUCCUGCCCAGGGCCUGUGGCUUGAGGGCCACCCCGUCCCUGGAACCCAGCCCUUUGCUGCUCUUUGCUAGAGGAGGGGCUUCAGAGGGAAACAGAUACGGGGGCACUGGCACCACCUGGGCCCAGUGGAGGCUGGUGGGAGGUUGGCGGGCACCCGGGUCCUGGAAACUAUCGGGAGCUCUAUGGGUGCCCACCUGCAUGUGAAGGGGGGAGGCAGUACUCAAUUUAUUUCAAUAAACACUUAUGAUGUGCCAGUGA